CUAGCGCUCGAGUGGGGGCCGUUGGUUGGUGCGCGGCUGAAGGAUGUGGCGCGAGCAGCGUCGUUGGUUGGCCGGCGGCGGGCCGGGACGGGCAUGGCCCUGCUGCUGUGCCUGGUGUGCCUGACGGCGGCGCUGGCCCACGGCUGUCUGCACUGCCACAGCAACUUCUCCAAGAAGUUCUCCUUCUACCGCCACCAUGUGAACUUCAAGUCCUGGUGGGUGGGCGACAUCCCCGUGUCAGGGGCGCUGCUCACAGACUGGAGCGACGACACGAUGAAGGAGCUGCACCUGGCCAUCCCCGCCGAGAUCACCCGGGAGAAGCUGGACCAAGUGGCGACAGCAGUGUACCAGAUGAUGGAUCAGCUGUACCAGGGGAAGAUGUACUUCCCCGGGUAUUUCCCCAACGAGCUGCGAAACAUCUUCCGGGAGCAGGUGCACCUCAUCCAGAACGCCAUCAUCGAAAGCCGCAUCGACUGUCAGCACCGCUGUGGCAUCUUCCAGUACGAGACCAUCUCCUGCAACAACUGCACAGACUCGCACGUCGCCUGCUUUGGCUAUAACUGCGAGUCCUCGGCGCAGUGGAAGUCGGCUGUCCAGGGCCUCCUGAACUACGUAAAUAACUGGCACAAACAGGACACGAGCAUGAGACCACGCUCCUCUGCCUUCUCCUGGCCUGGGACACACAGAGCCACCCCAGCCUUCCUGGUAUCGCCAGCCUUAAGGUGUCUGGAGCCCCCACACUUGGCCAACCUGACCUUGGAAGAUGCUGCUGAGUGUCUCAAGCAGCAUUGACAGCAGCUGGGCCUGCCCCAGGGCAACGUGGGGGCGGAGACUCAGCUGGACAGCCCCUGCCUGUCCCUCUGGAGCUGGGCUGCUGCUGCCUCAGGACCCCCCCUCCAACCCCGGACAGAGCUGAGCUGGCCAGGGCCAGGAGGGCGGGAGGGAGGGAAUGGGGGUGG